GCGCGGCAGGCCUCAGAAGCGCCGAGGACGCCGACGGGAGCGGAUCGAGUCCUGUCUGCGCGGUUCCUUGAAGGCGUGAGGAUGUUCGAGGCGCGGCUGGUGCAGGGCUCGCUGCUGAAGAAGGUGCUGGAGGCGCUGAAGGACCUGAUCACGGAGGCGUGCUGGGACCUGGGCUCGGGCGGGAUCAGCCUGCAGAGCAUGGACUCCUCGCACGUGUCCCUGGUCCAGCUCACCAUGCGCUCCGAGGGCUUCGACACCUACCGCUGCGACCGCAACAUCGCCAUGGGCGUCAACCUGGGCAGCAUGUCCAAAGUGCUCAAGUGCGCGGGGAAUGAUGACAUCAUCACCCUGCGAGCGGAAGACAACGCGGACACGCUCGUUUUGGUCUUUGAGACGCCCAAUCAAGAGAAGGUCUCCGACUAUGAGAUGAAAUUAAUGGACUUGGAUGUGGAGCAGCUUGGCAUUCCGGAGCAAGAGUACAGCUGUGUGGUGAAGAUGCCCUCGGCCGAGUUUGCGCGCAUCUGCCGGGACCUGAGCCACAUUGGGGACGCGGUGGUCAUCUCCUGCGCGAAGGACGGGGUCAAGUUCUCGGCCACCGGGGAGCUCGGCAGCGGGAACAUCAAGCUCUCCCAGACCAGCGACGUCGACAAGGAGGACGAGGCCGUGUCGAUAGAGAUGAACGAGGCCGUGCAGCUGACCUUUGCUCUGCGCUACCUGAACUUCUUCACCAAGGCCACCCCGCUCUCGCCCACCGUCACCCUCAGCAUGUCCGCAGACGUCCCCCUGGUGGUGGAAUACAAGAUUGCAGACAUGGGACACUUGAAAUACUACUUGGCUCCAAAGAUUGAGGAUCAAGAAGAGUCUUGAGCCCGAGAGCGCUCGUUCCUGGGGAGAAAAAGCCAGUUUUGUGUGUGAACGGAGCCGCCUCCUCCUCCCGGCACUUAGGGCCUUUUGUAGAUACUUCUCUGUAAAUACAUUCGUUUUUGCAAACCACCUCUUCUUCUCUCCUUUCCCUUUUAGGCCCAGUUUGUUUUAUAUCCCUGAAGCAUUGCCCCCCUUAAAGGGGAAGUGCACUAUUCACAAAGAAGGGCCGUCUUUUUCCACAGGAAGAGUCAUAAGAAUAAGAAUAAUAAUGUUUGGAGAAACCUGCUUUUGUACGUGGAAAUUUUUCCAAAAAAUCCUAACGCUUGUCAAUAAAGAAUUACUGAGUUUUCUUA